UCCUCCUGCAGCUCUGCAUCUGCUCUGAGUCACGGCUAUGACUCACACUGGCAGCGCUCACGUUAGCUAGCGUUCAGAUGGAGCAGCUCUGGCAACAGAAGAAGCAGGUUAUAUUAUUGAUUACCUGCUGCAGUCGACACUUGCGCCAAGAUUUUUUUUUUUGCGAGCACAGCUGAAACACAGGAGGCUCUGCUGAGCACCGUUGUUAGUACCGUUCCCUUAAGAUGUGGACUUAACUGAUAUUAUGAAAUGCAAAAUCUCUUCACACAAGAGGAGAGGAGCUGUCUAGGAAUAGCAACUGGAGACAACCUGCUGCACUCUGAUCCUCUGCAAGAGAAACAUCACUAAAGCCAAGCAGCGAGAAAGGAGGGGUUCUUCAUGACAAAAUGACAGCAAGAGAACACAGUCCUCGCCAUGGUGCAAAGUCCCGUACUGUGCAACGGGCCUCCACCAUUGACAUCACCUCUGACAUGCUAGGUCUUUCUUUAACAGGAAACAUUCAGGAUCCAGACGAGCCGAUUUUAGAGUUCAGUUUAGCUUGCAGCGAGCUGCUAACUCCAUCACUAGAUCGAAAACCAAAUAGUUUUGUAGCAGUGAGCGUAACUACACCUCCUCAGGCGUUCUGGACGAAGCAUGCACAGACGGAAAUUAUUGAGGGAACAAGUAAUCCUAUCUUUCUAAGCAGCAUUGCCUUUUUCCAAGACUCUCUUAUCAAUCAAAUGACACAAAUCAAACUCUCCGUGUAUGACGUGAAAGACAGAUCUCAGGGAACAAUGUAUUUAUUGGGUUCUGGGAUGUUCACUGUAAAAGAACUUCUUCAGGAGAAGAAUCACAGGUUGCACUUAACACUAAGGUCCACCUCCAAAAAAAUUUCAACGCAGAGUGUUUGUUGCAGGUCUGCUGAAAGUGACCGUGUAGGUAACAUUACAGUUAUUGGAUGGCAAAUGGAGGAAAAAACUGACCAAAGGCCUCCAGUGACAAGGUCGCCGGAUACAAUUAAUGGAAGGAUGGUAUUGCCAGUUGAUGAAAGUUUAACAGAAUCUUUAGGAAUCAGGUCCAAAUAUGCUUCAUUGCGGAAAGAUGCACUACUGAAAUCUGUGUUUGGUGGUGCCAUUUGCCGGAUGUAUCGCUUCCCCACCACGGACGGAAACCACCUGAGAAUCCUGGAGCAAAUGGCCGAGAGCAUACUGUCGCUGCACAUUCCCAGGCAGUUUGUGAAGCUUCUUCUAGAAGAAGAUGCAGCAAGGGUUUGUGAACUAGAAGAACUGGGAGAGCUGUCUCCCUGUUGGGAAGGCCUUCGUCGACAAAUAGUUACUCAGUACCAAACAAUUAUAUUAACUUAUCAGGAAAAUCUAACAGACCUGCAUCAGUAUAAAGGUCCGUCAUUUAAAGCCAGUAGCUUGAAAGCUGAUAAAAAAUUGGAAUUCGUUCCCACGAAUUUACAUAUACAGAGAAUGAGAGUCCAGGAUGAUGCAGGAUCAGAUCAGAACUACGACAUAGUCACCAUAGGAGCACCAGCAGCUCAUUGUCAAGGCUUUAAAUCAGGUGGCUUGCGGAAAAAACUGCAUAAAUUUGAAGAGGCAAAGAAACACAGUUAUGAGGAGUGUUGCACUUCAACAAGUUCCCAGUCUAUAAUCUACAUCCCCCAGGACAUCGUUAGAGCAAAGGAAAUCAUUGCACAAAUCAACACCCUGAAAACUCAAGUCAGUUACUAUGCAGAAAGGCUCUCGAGAGCUGCCAAGGAUAGAUCAGCUAAUGGCCUUGAAAGAACGCUUGCCAUCCUGGCAGACAAGACCCGGCAACUUGUCACAGUCUGUGACUGCAAGCUGUUGGCAAAUUCAAUACAUGCACUGAAUGCUGCAAGGCCAGAUUAUAUAGCUUCAAAGGCAUCUCCAACCUCUGGAGAAGGCGAACAAGUGAUGCUGAGGAACGACCAAGAUACACUUGUGGCCAGGUGGACGGGAAGAAAUAGCCGAUCUUCUCUGCAGGUGGAUUGGCACGAAGAGGAAUGGGAGAAAGUUUGGCUGAAUGUUGACAAAAGUCUGGAGUGUAUUAUACAGAGAGUGGACAAACUUCUCCAGAAAGAGCGCUUGCAAAGCGACAGCUGUGAAGACGUUUUCCAAUGUGACACCAGCUGUACUAGUAAGAAAGGUAAUCGGGACACUCGUGCCUACUGGAUAAAUCCAGAAGAUUUAAAUGAGACCUCACCAUCACCUUCAUCAUCCUCACCACCAUCAUCAUCCACAUCAUCCUGUGCAUGCCAUUCUCUCAGAAACGCAAAUUGCAGCCCCGCUCUGGAAGAAUCCGGCCCAGGUGAAUGGAGCGAGGCUCUCUACCCCUUGCUGACAACACUCACAGACUGCGUAGCCAUGAUGAGUGACAAGGCAAAGAAAGCCAUGGUCUUUUUAUUAAUGCAGGACAGUGCACCAACAAUAGGGUUGUGCCUGAGCCUUCAGUAUCGCAGAGAUGUUGUCUUCUGCCAAACUCUGACAGCUCUUAUUUGUGGUUUCAUUAUCAAGCUGAGGAACUGCCUACACGAUGAUGGAUUUCUGAGACAACUCUACACCAUUGGCUUGCUAGCGCAGUUUGAGAGCCUGCUGAGCACUUAUGGUGAGGAGCUGGCAAUGCUGGAGGACAUGAGUUUGGGAAUAAUGGACUUGAGGAAUGUAACCUUUAAAGUAACUCAGGCCACAUCAAAUACGUCUACUGACAUGCUGCCGGUCAUCACUGGAAAUCGUGAUGGAUUUAAUGUGAGGAUCCCUUUGCCAAGCGCCUUGUUUGACUUGCUGCCACGAGAGAUUCAGAGUGGCAUGUUACUGAGGGUUCAGCCUGUUCUUUUCAAUGUGGGAAUCAAUGAGCAGCAAACCCUAGCAGAGAAGUUUGGAGACACCUCAUUGCAAGAAGUAAUUAACAUGGAAAGCUUAGUCCGGUUAAAUUCAUAUUUUGAGCAGUUCAAGGAAGUUUUGCCUGAUGAUUGUCUACCUCGAUCUCGUAGUCAGACAUGUCUGCCUGAACUGUUAAGAUUUCUGGGACAAAAUGUACAUGCAAGGAAAAAUAAGAAUGUUGAUAUCCUUUGGCAAGCUGCUGAGAUAUGCCGCAGACUAAACGGUGUUCGCUUUACAAGCUGUAAAAGUGCCAAGGAUAGAACAGCCAUGUCGGUCACCCUAGAGCAAUGUUUGAUCCUACAGCACGAACAUGGAAUGGCUCCCCAGGUCUUCACCCAGGCUCUGGAGUGUAUGAGGAGUGAGGGUUGUCGACGAGAAAAUACAAUGAAGAAUGUUGGAUGUCGCAAGUAUGCAUUUAAUUCCCUGCAACUGAAGGCUUUCCCAAAGUAUUACAGGCCUCCAGAAGGAACUUAUGGAAAAGUUGAAACAUAAGCAUACUAUGUCCUUUAAUUGCUGUUCCAUUAAAACAUGUGGAUACACUCUAGAUUAAUAUAUGAUUUUGUCAUCCAGAACAGAUAAAUAACUUUUUUGUACGUUUCACUAGAUUAUUCAGAGCAUGUUACUUAAAGAAUUGGAAUCUAUAGUAACAAUUAUUCUGACACCUUAGCUUGAGAAUAGUGAUGACUCUCUCUGCCCUUUUAAAUAGCCUUCAGUGUAUGUAAGAUGGACAGAUAUUUUACCAUUUAAUUACCUAUAUGCAAAUAGCUAGGUACCUCCUGGAUGGACAAGGACUUUAUGACUGGCAUUUAGGCAGCUGUUUCACAUAACAUCUUUUAUACUGAGUUGACUUGAGAUUGAGCUUUUCAUAAACUUUUUAAAACAGAGUAAAACUCAAAAGUUGUAAAUAAAAAAGGAUUGGAUCCUAAACAGUCUAAGAACUGUAGAAUGCAUUGUUACAAUCACGAAACAGAUUUUAACUUAAAAAGGGGGGGGGGGCACCCUAAAAGCCAGGAAUAUGAAAUGUUUUGCUGUAUAUAGGAUACCAUCUUCAUAUAUGAACUUAGUACAUAUAAGGCCAGACAUAUGAGGUCUAGUUCUGUCUAAAUAAAAGACAAAAUCCCAUUGUUUUCAGCAGCAAAAGACUUGGGCACACAACUGAUUUUUAAAAAUGUUUCAAACAUAUAAUGACACUUUCUAAAAUAUUAAUGCCAGGAAGAGUUCCCAACCAUAGUUAAAGUGCAACAAGCAAGUUGCUGAUGUUGCACGUGAAAUGUUCAAUAUGUGUCAUGGUAUUGUAUAAUGUUUACCCAUGGCUUUUUAUAUCACUUCUUUAUUGUAAGCAUUAAUAUCUUGGGGAUUUAUGUUUUUUUGACUGGCAUUAUUUUUUCAAUAUCUGGCAGUACAAAAAUUUUGAAGUGCCCAACACAUCCCAGUUACUCCAUAACAAAAAAAUUUCCUGUUCAGCUUUGCCUUUUACCUUGCUAGACUCUGUUCAGAAUCAUGUGUAGGAAAUAUGCCUGUUUUCAGAAUAUUCCUGAGAAAGGUAGCAAUGGCCCAAUUUGGUAGAAAGCAACUGCUAAUAUGUUACUGCUGAUGUGUGAGAAACUCAGCUGUGUUCAAGCUCACGACUAAGGUGACUAGUUGAGCAUUUGAUAAAAAAUGUUCAACAGAUCUCCUUGAAAAUAAUCUCCCAAAGAAUGACUUUGAAGAUAAGAUACCUUUUCAAGACACAGGUAAACAUUAAUUUCUGAAUUUUACAGGCUUAAAUCAUCUCUAGCUAGUUUAAUUCAGCCCACUGUACUCUUUCCUUCUUCAUUCCUAAGGAUAAAAGCCUUAGAAUAGAAAAAUCUGGUCAAUUAUUGUUGUGAGAGUAGCAACAGCCAGGUAAGUAUAUGGCUGUUUUCUGAUUUCUUUCUCCCUCUCACUGAUGUUUGUCUGUGCUGUCACUGCUCUAUCAGUCAUGUUCAUUCUGCUCCCAUAUAGGUUUGGGGGUUUUAAGUACAGCGGUUUUUGCAUUUUACUUUCUGCAGUUUAACACUGAGCAGCAUGUCACUAAGCCAGUUAAGAGAGUUCUGCUGAACUAGGUUGUUACCGUUAUUUCUUUCAGUCUUUAUAGGAGAACAAAACAAUUUCUGGGCAAAAUCAAUAUAUGUCUAGUACCUAUAUCAGUUCAGAACACAUAAUCCAUAGUAGAACAGUCCCGCGGAAACUUAGCAACUCUGCUUUGCAGUUAACAAACUACUGUAUUGAUUUUUUUGCCAAUAUGUAAAAACAAUGUAUGGUGAAAAACUUUUUAAAAAGAUCUCUUCGGACGUGUUACUCCAUAAGUUAUGCUCAACCUUCAGUUUCUGGUCCUUUAUUAAAUGCUACAUUUAUUUUUGUAUAGACUAUACUCUUUAUAUCCUUUAGUUUUUAUGAGUUGGUAAUUUUAUUUUGUAUAUUUCCAACAGAUAGUUAAUUAUAUAUUUUAAAUCUUAUACUGGUACACUAAAAAUCUUCUUCCGAUAUUCGCCUUCAGAAGAAAAUAACAUGAGGUCUGUUGUAACAAUUAGCAGAGCCACUCUCUAAUAUUGUGGCCCAGUAAUGAUUAGAUCCACUCGAGAGCUUAGUGACCCUUUAUUUUUUCUAUAUACCCAUCCGAUCAGAAACAGUUCCCAAGCUUUGUAGGUGCGUGGUGUUUGCUCACCUUUUUGAAGUGGUGGAAUAUCAGUCUCAAGUACUGCACUUUUUUGUUUAAACUGUUCUGAUUUCAGUACACUUACGUGUAAAGCAUCAUUGUCCUCCUAACGUUAUGUAUUCAGCAUGGUCAGUACAUGCACGUCAGUGGGCUUGUUUAAAGGGCAUAACGAACAGCAAGAUCUUGAGCAGUUCAUCAAAAAAGAAAAACUGUGAAACUUUGAAUCCGUAUAGGAAACUUCACAAAGGUGAAGUAAGCUUUACUGUUGCACAGGAGAGGCAAAUUUAAGGAUUACUGUAAAAUGAAGUUCUGUCUAAUGUUCUUUUUGAGUACAUUUUUUUAAUUAUAAAAACAUACAAAGGUAAAAAAAAGAAAACUGUUGCCAAGUAUGUUCUGUGUAUGUUCUGUGAAAGUACCUACAGCACAGUUGCCUUUUGUUUCAUUUAUACAUGUAAAAUUAUUGUAUAAUACAACACUGUUUUGUCCCAACACAAUUGUAUUUGCCAAGCUUUGUGCAUUGAAAUAUUUUUAUUUAUUUGGUUUUGGGCAGUAUUAAUAUAUCAUAAACAUAUGGCUACUGUUUUAUAUAUUCCUAGUUCAUCCACUCCAUGUAUACUGUAAAUGUGCUAGUCUUUAGGAUGAAAACCAAUAAAGAACUGACAAGAAUACCAAAAUGGUGGCUUACUUUUAAUGCAUUUGUGAUAAAUAAAAUCUACUCUUUUAGGUUCCUUGAUUUAUAUAAUACAUCUUAUACAUCUUAUCUGUUGGAGAAUAUGUUACAUCUUGUAUGGAAACAUAUUACCCAGCUAUGCAAGUCGGGAAGUAGUUAUUCACUUCUUAAACCCUGCUAAUGUAUAGCUGUUAACAAUUUUCUGUAGUUAAGGCAGGCACCAGUUUGUCCCAUAUGCUAUACAUCUGCAGCAACAGUUAAACAAAGAAGCAAUGAUGUGAGGACCAUAAUCUGAAGCAGUCCAUGACUUCUAUAAGAUAGAAAGAACAGAAUAAAAAAUGUAAUUCUUCUGUCACUGGAUGUUUGGAAAUGGGCAAAUGCAAUUUUAUUUGUGUGAAAGAGGCCUGAGGGCCACAGGUUGGGAGGGGGCUCUAAUUAGUUUUUAAUUAGAAUUAGUUUUUCUCGUUACAUGGAAAGAAAAACAGUACAGGGAAAAAGACCCCAUUGAUUUUAUUCAAAAAGGUAGAAAGAAAAUAUACUUGACAGGUAAGAACUCCUAAAUGGUGAGUGCAAUAUAUACAUACAUACGCGUAUAUUUGUCUUUCUAAGCCUUCUAAACUGACAGGAAAACAGUGUCUGCCUGUGUCCUUUUUAAUAAAAAAUUUGCAAUUUUUCAGAAAUAACAUUUUGGAUUUCGAUGUAGCACUCACAGAAAUGGGCAUUUGUGGGUCUUCAGAACUGAACUGUAAUUUUAUUAAGUGGUGCUUUUAACUUCGGUGGUAUUGAUUAAUGCUUGACUUGCCAUGAUUUGUCAGGUCUGUAUACAGUUACUCCAUGUUGCUAAUGCAGCCACUCUGAUUACAAAAUGAGCUCUUCAGAUGUUUAGCUUUAAAGUAACUCCUAAGAAUAAUAAGGGUUAGUUAUACAUGAAAAAGCAACUUUGUUUCUCUUUUGUGGGAUAAAGAUAUCUUUAAUAUUUGUACUGGAAUUUUGCAUCUAAUCUCACAAGUAUAUCCAAUGCGCACAUAAAUACUAACAAGCCACAGGAGCUGCGUAUUUUGUACAAAUCUAGUUCAGUCUCAACUAGCUGGUCAAAAAGAGAUUAAGGCGCUAAGGGCUUUAAUGUUCAAUGACCAAAGAGAUGUAAUAUUUUAAGAUUUCCCUUCCUUUCCAGAUGAUUUUUAAUGCGCCCCUGGUGAUCUGGCAAAGAAUGUAUUGCUGUGCCUCUCUCUUUUUUUAAUGUAAAAAUUUUGCUGUGAGGUGUUUAAAAGAUGGUGCAGAGCUUAACAUCAGAGCUUUUAGAAAAACUGUUUGAGCCUGGUGUUGCUUGUGUCAAGCUGAUACACACAUCUCUCUGUGACGAUUAUUCCGAUUGUAAAACAAUGCUGUUAUGAACCAAGGUAGCUUGUGGAUCUGUGGCUACAUGAGGAGCAUAGUAUAAAUAAUGCUGUGAAGAGCUGCUGAGAGCAGCAGUUAACUGCACGCUUUGGUGGGGAACCAGAACUGGUUCUAUCUCUUUGCCACGAGUUUUGCACAGACUAAUUUCACUCAGAAAGGCUUCCCUGAUGCUGCAAACAUAACUUCUGAAAGUUUAAAACAUGUAUUUUGACACAAGAGGAAAUUUUAGUAGGUGCAACACAAAAUUGAUGUGAUAAAAACAAAAGUUUAAGAGAAGCAGCAAGACACUUUUUUAAAUAAGAAAAAAAAAGAAGAAGAAGAGGAGGAGUCCUCAUCAGAAGACUUCGUAGCUAAUUUGGUGACCAGGAGUAGUUUGUUCAUUCCUAAACAUUUCUAAGACCCACCUUGGAAAUUUCUUGUUUGUGGACCAUUGUGGAAUGUACGUGAACUUAUUUAAAACUACUCUCCUAAUGAAUGUGUGGCGCACAGCUUUCAAGCUCUCAACGGCAGAGCUUAGUUGCACUGUACUCUUCUUCUGAAAUUACUUUAAAUGUCAGGCAAACUUCCUGCUCCCAAAUACGUACAUCUCCCAUGCAAGCAACUCUGGCAGCAUGACAGUGAUUUGCAGAGCUGCCUACUUCGUUUAGUAGUGUUCAAUAUGACCAGUGGAUGACAUGAAAAUACAGUUUUUAAGAGACUAGUGUCUGUGGUGAUCGUUCUUUUUUUUUUCUUUUCUUAAGUCGUGCCAAUAUUAAUUGUUUGCCAUUCAUUCUGGCCUUACGGUUUCUGAAGUGUGCUGUAUUCUGCGCAGCUUCCACUAUUAAGAAGUUUUAAGUUUUGUGGUGACUAUUGUAUUUGUCUGUAGGAGAUCACUAUCCUGCCCGUAAAGUUCUGCAGAUCUAUAUUUUCUUCUAGUGCAUGGAUCACUUGGAGUGGAGUCAGUCACUGCCAUUAGGCUCGUUAAGUGUUUAGUUUUUUGUAAACUUGAAAAGUUCAAAGACGAGAGAUUGAGAAGAGCCAUCUUAAGGCCAUGGUAAACAAAUUAUCUGGGGUGUGAAUGAAUUACACUGCAGCUGAAGUAAGUGUGGCUAUGUUUUUGUUUGCUCAGUGCUUCCAACAGGGACAUUAGAAACCUUUUCUGCUGGAACUGUACAUAUAUUCCUGCCAAAAAUCUUUGUUUAGAUGGAAUUGAGUACCUGCCAAUUGGAUGGUGGAGGAAGACGGGAAGAAGUUUUAGGAAAUCCUCAAUUUUCUCUAAAGGAGAAUUUAAAUGUUAAUGAUAAGGAAUAUGGAACUGGAAGUUACUUAUUCACAUGCUAAACCACUCAAGAGAAAACAACAGAUGAAGCUGUGCAUAUCUUUCCACAUUUCUCUCUCUAGUAGUCUGUGACCUCCGGCUGAAAACCCGGUCUGGCAGGUAGGAUGUGUGCUUAUUUGCUCCAAUUUGCUACUUCACGCAAGCUUGUAAAGCUUCUUCAGCGAGCACAUCAA